CUCUCCAUCCUCAUCUCCUUCAUCCCAGUGCAGCUACACUGGCAUAAAGCCCAGGACAGGAGGCCUCUGGGGUCCCGGUUGCCUGGGAUGCCCCGCUGUGAUGUCCGCCUGAACCGCACUUAUGCCAUCACCUCCUCUCUUAUCAGCUUCUACAUCCCCGUGGCCAUCAUGAUCAUCACCUAUACCCGCAUCUACCGAAUCGCCCAGGCCCAGAUUCGCCGCAUCUCCAGCCUCGAGCGCGCAGUGGGGCAGUGCCCAGCCCUUGGCAAGGACCCUGCAUCCUCUUUGAGGAGCUGCCUGCGCAAGGAGACCAAGGUACUGCAGACCCUCUCCAUCAUCAUGGGUGUCUUCGUUUGCUGCUGGUUGCCCUUCUUCCUGCUCAACUGCCUGCUGCCUUUCUGCCAGCCUGCACCAGAGAGUGGCCACAAAGGGCCUUCUCCCUGCAUUGGCCAGACUGUCUUCAACAUCUUCACGUGGUUCGGCUGGGCCAACUCCUCCGUGAACCCUGUGAUCUACGCCUUCAACGCGGACUUCAGACGGGCAUUCAGCAGCCUCCUGGGCUGCCGGUGCUUCUGCUGCGGCACAGCCAGGUCCACCGUGGAGAGGGUCAACUUCAGCAAUGAGCUGGUGUCCUACCACCAUGACACCACAUGUCAGAGGGGGGCAGCUGCCUCAUCCUCAGUGCCACCCGCUGCCGUGGCUGCCUGGGUGCAGCCCGUGCCCCUGGCCAUGAGCCUCCAGCAAGAAGGGAGCAGCGAGGAGCCGCUCACGGAGAAAAGGCCUGCUCCUGACAGCAGCCCCAAGUGUCUUCCCAUGCCUUCCACUCUGCCAUUUGAUUGUGAGGGAGAGAUAUCCCUGGAAACAACUACCCCCUUUACAGGGCUUGGUGGAGGUGAGAGACCCCAUCACGCCAUUGCGGAGGGAUAA